UCUGAAACUCGCAAUCCCUUCGCUGAUGCAGGGGCAAUCUCGAGCUCGGGCUCAUCAAGUCGUUCGGGAUCAUUGAAUGAACGACAUGGUGCUCCGCGAGCGGUCCUCCAUGAGGACCUGCGAUCUGAGCCCCCAAUUGUGGCUUUUGCGAUGCCUCCGGUGACAUCAGGAUCUAACCAAGAGGAUGCCAUUCUGCCUGUCUCUGCCCCCGAACCACAGGAACCGGAGUUUUCUGAAAAGGUCGAACAUGACCACCAGAACCCAGUCUUGGGCGCUGCGCCUGCUGCGCUGGACCCGGAGAAGCAAGAGAUGGCUGUGCCAACUGCCCCAGCGAAGAAGAAGGGAUUCUUUGCAAGACAAUAUGCGCUUUUUCGAGCCACAUAUGCUCCCGUGGAAGAUGCUCCACUCAUCUUGCCCUCAGGACCAAACGACGAAGAGAAAUACAGCUAUCUGAAGAUGAAUCGGGUCUUUCUCUACGUUAUUGGAGUUUUCUCCUUCCUCAGCUUAUCGGCAGGCAUGUGGCUGUUCGUCAUCACCUCGCCUGCCUUCUACUGGUUUGGCUUCUUCGUCGGCCUUCUCGAGAUCUACCUCAUCAUUUCAUAUACCAUCACAAUCGUGGGGAAGGAUUACGAUUUCGAAGGACACAAGAAGAUCCUGGAAGACCAUCCCAUCACUGAUGAGAAUGCCCCUACGGUGGAUAUAUUCCUGCCUUGCUGCAAAGAGCCUCUUGAGAUCUUGGCGAACACAUACAAGUAUGUCAAGGCGCUCGAGUGGCCCGAGGGAAAGAUCAAAGUCUAUGUGAUGGAUGACGGAGCAAUGGAUGAAGUGAAAGUGCUCGCUGAAAGCUUUGGCUUCAACUACAGCGUCAGAGACGACCGGCCGCGGCUGAAGAAGGCGGGGAAUCUCCGCUGGACAUUCGCACGUUCAUAUGGCGAUUUCUUUGCCAUCUUCGACGCCGACUUCUGUCCCAGAUCCGACUUCUUGAAGGAACUUGUCCCACAGCAUCUCGCUGACGACAAGACGGCCAUCGUUCAGAGCCCGCAAUUCUUCCGAGUCAGUGACGACCAGACGUGGGUAGAGCAAGGCGCGGGUGGUAUCCAAGAGCUCUUCUACCGCGUGGUGGAGGUCAACCGCAACCGAUGGGGCGCAUCCAUCUGCGUUGGCAGCAACGCCGUGUACCGCCGCGCAGCCCUCGUUGAAGUCGGUGGCACUGCAGAAAUCGGCUUCUCAGAAGAUGUCCACACGGGCUUCUACGCCGUCAACCGCGGCUGGAAAGUCAAAUACGUACCGCUCUGCCUCGCAUGUGGCGUGUGUCCCGACACGCCGCAGGCCUUCUUCUCGCAGCAGAUGCGCUGGUGCAUGGGCUCCACGACGCUCCUCACGAACCCAGAUUUCUGGCGUUCGAAGCUCAGCAUCGUGCAGAAGCUCUGCUACAUGUCGGGCAUGAUGUACUACUCCGCCAUCUCGCUCAGCAUCUUCAUCAACCCGCUGCCAGGAAUCCUGCUGCUCUGGGUGCGUCCCGAGUUCUUCAAAUACUACAACCUGGCCUUCGCCAUCCCGUCCAUCUUCUACUCGCUCCUCGCCCUGCGCUUCUGGGCCAAGGCCAGUUAUUCCCUCAACGUCCAGUUCAUCAUGGUGAUUCAAUCCUACGCCUAUCUCACCGCUAUCAAGGACCGCCUCUUCGGCCGCGCCCUCGCCUGGGUCCCGUCCGGCGAUAACAAAUCUCAUCGCAAUACCAAGUAUCGCAACAUGCGCAUCCUGGCCUUCUGCUGGAUCUUCACGUAUCUGGGCUUGCUGGCGGGCGCGCUCGCGUACCGCUCCGUCACCGACUCGGAUUUUCAUGUGUAUAAUGCGGUCCCGUUGCUGGUGCUCGAUAGCAUGAAUCUGUUCUUCGCGCAUCGGUUCCUGUUCUGUAUCAAGAAGAAGCAAUAG